AUGGCAUUUUACAACUAUAUCUCUAUUCCCGGCUUCACGACCCAGAUGUCUCAACCCUUGCAAUACCAUGUCUUUCAGCAGCCGAUGGUGGUUGCUAUGUCGCCGCUAUCACAGUUUCUAGCAAUACAACAGCAACAAGUUCAGCCUGUUGUCCCUCUACCCAUGACGAUGAUCUCGUCUCCCCCGGUCGUCGUCAUGCCCGUUCCGAUUUCACUCCCGCUGAACGUGUCCAUCCUGCCGCCAGGAGCUCCUCCAACAAGCGCUUUUCCGCCCAGCAAGGGUUUCAAAGUGAUUUAUUUCGGUCACGCGACAGGUGAGGGCCGUCAUCAUCACCCUUGGUGCGGGAUUCACGCCGCCUGGGAAAACAUCGUGCCGAGUCGAGACGGGCUAUUGGCGGCGAUUGGGUCGUGGAGUGGACUUCAUGGGCUGACGAUUCGACAUGCCGGGGGCAGGAUCGAUGCUGCGAAAGUGAAGCUGUAUGUGAUGCCCAGGGGGAGCGCGGGCAGAGAAGGGGGGUCGUGUGGGAUGCAGGUUGGGUUGGGGGGAGGACGGCUGGAGAUUCCCGCGGAUGUGGUCAGAGUGGUGACGCUGGAUGUCGAUGAGAGGGUUUGGGAGGAGGCGGUGCGGUAUAUAAGGAGGGAGAGCUUUGAGGCGAUUGUCGUGGUCGAUAUGAGCGCAAGUGUUCCGAAUGGUGAUGCUGAUGCUGAUGCUGAUGCUGAUGCUGAUGCUGAUGCUGAUGGAGAUGGAGAUGGAGAUGGAGAUGCCGAUGUGGCUACGACAACUGCGGAUGCAACUCCAGCUCCAACUCCAGCUGUGACGACAACUACAGACUGA